GUGUAUAUCACUGGCUAUAAAGGAAAUCAUAUAUUCCGCACAAGAUAAAGUGUCUCGAUCAGCUCAUAUGCACUGAAAGUGGAUCAGUAAUCACACGUGCGGAGUUGAUCGAGAAGAUAGUGUUCGAACACUAUGGAAAGGGCAAUGGAAACCAUAGGCGAAAUCCAGCCCCGCAUACGUCACGCCCGCUCCUCGGAGGGGGACAAUUUUCAACACUCUUUGUACAAUCGAAUCGCGUUCUUUGCCCCAGCCCAACACCAACUACAGCAUUGGGGACCAAUUAAACUCAGAAGAUGAAGCAAAGAUUCUCCUCUUUGGAUGUCAAGGUUUCUUUGACAAUCUCCCUGUCUAACGUUGUGCGAUCUGCUACUGCUCACCAGAGAAUCUUCCUCUUCAAACUCGCCAAACCCGACCACCGCAAACAACUCGUCGUCGACUCGGGCUUCCGCUGCCAUGUCACGCAGUACUCGCGCGCGACGGCCUCGGCGCCCUCGCCCUUCGUCACCCGCAUGCGAAAGUUCCUGAAAUCCCGGCGCGUCACCUCCAUCCAGCAGAUCGGCACGGACCGGGUGAUCGACUUCUCCUUCAGCGACGGCGUGUACCACAUGUUCCUCGAGUUCUUCGCGGGCGGCAACAUCAUCAUCACCGACCGGGAGUACAACAUUCUGGCCCUGUUCCGCCAGGUCGCGGCUGGGGACGGGCAGGAGGAGGAGACGCGCGUCGGCAUGAAGUACACGAUCGACAACAAGCAGAACUACCACGGGGUGCCGGACAUCACGAUGGAGCGGGUGCGCGAGACGGUCGAGAAGGCCAAGGCGCUGUUUGCGGCCCAGGGUGACGCGCCCAAGAAGUCCAAGAAGAAGAAUACCGAUGUCCUCCGCAAGGCGCUGUCGCAGGGUUUUCCGGAGUAUCCCCCGCUGUUGCUGGAUCAUGCAUUUGCAGUGAAUGGCCUGGAUCCUGCGACGCCGUUGGAGGAGGUCCUGGCGGAUGAGGCGCUGUUGCAGAGGGUGAUAGAGGUGUUAGAGGAGGCGAGGGGUGAGACGAGGAAGCUGUCGGUUGGGGAGGGCCAUCCAGGGUAUAUUGUGGCGAAGGAGGAUACGAGGCCGAAGGCUAAAGGGGCUGCUGAGGAGGAGGGGGAAGAGGCAUCUUCUAAGAAGCCGGCGCUGCUGUAUGAGGACUUUCAUCCGUUCAAGCCCCGCCAGUUUCAGGGAAAACCUGGGGUUACGAUCUUGGAGUUUGAGAACUUCAACAAGACGGUUGAUGAGUACUUCUCUUCGAUCGAGUCGCAGAAGCUUGAGUCGCGGCUCACAGAGCGAGAGGAGGCCGCAAAGAGAAAGCUUGAUGCUGUCAGGCAGGAGCAUGCGAAGCGCAUCGGUGCCCUGCAGGAGGUCCAGGAGCUGCAUAUCCGGAAGGCUGUCGCUAUUGAGGAUAAUGUCUACCGCGUGCAGGAGGCGAUGGAUGCGGUCAAUGGCCUGAUUGCGCAGGGUAUGGACUGGGUGGAAAUCGCGCGCCUGAUCGAGAUGGAACAGAGUCGAGGCAAUCCGGUCGCGAGAAUAAUCAAGUUGCCGUUGAAGCUUCAUGAGAACACAAUCACGUUGAUGCUUGGCGAAGCUGGCGCCGAGGAACAGGAUGAAGGCGAGGAGCUUUUCUCGGACGACGACGAAUCAGAAUCGGAGGAUGAGAAGGAGCAAGCUGAAAGCUUUGAGAAGCGGGCUGAUGUGUUGGUGGUUGACAUCGACCUCGGUCUCUCCCCAUGGGCGAAUGCGACUCAGUACUAUGAGCAGAAAAAACAGGCUGCCGUGAAGGAACAGAGGACGACGCAGUCCUCCACAAAGGCGCUCAAGAGCCACGAAAAGAAGGUGACGCAGGAUCUCAAACGUAACCUGAAGCAAGAGAAGCAGGUCCUUCGGCCGGCUAGGAAGCUUUUCUGGUUCGAGAAGUUCCUCUUCUUUGUCUCUUCCGAGGGAUACUUGGUCCUCGGUGGUCGCGAUGCAAUGCAGAGUGAGAUGCUGUAUCGCCGUUACCUCAAGAAAGGCGAUGUCUUCGUGCAUGCUGACCUUCAAGGUGCUACGCCAAUGAUCGUGAAGAAUAGAGCGGGCACGCCCAAUGCGCCUUUUCCUCCAAGUACUCUUUCCCAAGCUGGUAAUCUGUGUGUUGCUACCUCGAGCGCCUGGGACUCCAAGGCAAUCAUGUCCGCAUACUGGGUUGAUGCCAGCCAAGUCUCUAAGACGGCCGAGGUGGGUGGCCUUGUUCCUACUGGCGAGUUUGUCAUCAAGGGCGAGAAGAAUUUCUUGGCCCCCUCACAGCUUGUUCUGGGCUUCGCAGUAAUGUUCCAGGUCAGCAAAGAGAGCCUACGGAAUCACAAGCUGCGCCAAUUUGACGAGCCUAUGGUUGCGGAGCCUGCCACUGAGGCGAGCAAUGCUCCUGAAGCAACAGUUGGAGACAAAGAACCUGUUGAAGAGAAACCAGAGAUGACCGAAGCCGAUGAAAAUAACGGUCCUGGCGAACAGGAAGAGCAGGAACAGGGCUCGGAGUCUGAUGAGGAGGGCAAGCGUCAGCUCUCAGCUCGAGAGCGUCGUCUUCUCAGGAAAGGACAGCCGCUCGCGCUCCAAGAAACUACACCCAAGGAAGCUAAAGAAAGCUCGAAGCCGGCCUCGAACGGCGCACCGGCCAAACCUACGAACACCAAGCAGGCGCCGGCCUCCGCUCGAGGCAAGAAGGGCAAAGCAAAGAAAGCUGCAGCCAAGUACGCGGACCAGGACGAAGACGAGCGAGAACUGGCACUCCGCUUGCUAGGUGUCAGCAGCGAGAAAGCUGCCAAAGCCGCUGCAGAUGCUGAAGCCAAAGCUAAGCGUGAGCAGGAAGCAGAGGCUCAGAAGAAACGUCGCAGAGCCCAGCAUGAGCGAGCAGCUGAAGCUGAACGCAAACGACAGGCUCUUUUCGAGGGGGGCGCUGAUGACUACGAUGAGGAGACAGCCGCCGCUGAAGCUGCGGAUCUCGAAUGGAUCCCUGCCAUGGUCGGAACACCCCAUCCGGACGAUGACAUCCUCGCUGCCAUUCCAGUAUGUGCCCCCUGGGCUGCCCUGGGUCGAUACAAGUACAAGAUCAAGUUGCAGCCGGGUACAGUGAAGAAGGGAAAGGCUGUCAAGGAAAUCAUUGGGCGAUGGGUUGCCGAAACGACGACCGGCAAGGUCAAGAAGGAGCACGCCGAAGACGCUGGUAUCAAUCGGGCAGCAGCUGAGAAGCUCCGCGAACGCGAAGGCGAGUUGAUCAAGGGUUGGAAGGAUACUGAAAUUAUCAACUCAGUCCCUGUGGGGAAGGUACGCAUCAUGACCGGUGCUGGGGCCAGCGGGGGUGAUAAAGGCAAAGGCAAAGGUGGUGCCACCAUGGCUCCUAAGGUAGACACGCGGAUCGUGUCGGUUCGCCGGCUUAACGAGGAAGGCCCCAAUGGGCGAUCCCUGGCUGAAUGGUGGGCGGACGAAUGCAGGAACAAAACUCCCGAAGCCGCUGCGAUCGAGGAAGCUGCACAGCUCCUACAGACGAGUGACAUCCCGGUCGCAUUUCCUACCGAGACGGUGUAUGGGUUAGGAGCUGAUGCCACUCGGAGUGACGCCGUGCAGGGGAUUUACAAGGCUAAGCAGAGGCCAUCCGACAAUCCGUUAAUCAUACAUGUGGACUCCAUUGGAAUGCUUGAGCGCAUCCUUAACCCCGUCCACCAUAGUCCUACGCGUUUAACCAGCACUGCGCAGAAUAAGCUCCCGGCCAUCUACGAAUCGGUCAUCUCUCGCUUCUGGCCUGGUCCCCUCACCAUCCUCGUUCCGAACCCCUCCGGAUCUCCCCUUGCGAAUGAAGUCACAUCGAAUCUCACUACAUUUGGCGUGCGAAUGCCAUCGUCGCCUCUGGCGCGGUUGUUAAUCCAUGUCACGGACCGACCUCUAGCAGCCCCCUCGGCCAAUGCCUCUACGAAGCCCUCCCCGACAGCGGCAGAGCACGUUUACCAUGAUUUACAGGGCCGGAUCGAGCUCAUUCUCGAUGGUGGUUCUUGUGGAGUAGGAGUUGAAAGCACAGUCGUCGACGGUCUCUCCGACCCCCCAGCCAUCCUUCGUCCCGGUGGUAUUGGUAUCGAAGAAUUGCGACAGUGCCCCGGAUGGGAGAAUGUUCAAAUCGGAUACCACGAUGGUACUCUGGAUGUUAAGGAAGUUCCUCGCGCGCCGGGUAUGAAGUACCGACACUAUUCCCCCAAGGCCCGUGUAAUCCUUUUCGAACCCGACUCUACAGACGAGGGCAUCAGGAACCACAUUCGCAAGGAUCUCGAGGAUUCGGCGGUCGGAGCGCAUAUGAUUGGAUUUGUGCGCACACGCAACUGGAAACAAGGGCUGGGACUGGUGUCAGAUGAAGAGAUCCAAAACAGCAUGAAGCCUAUCGAGAGCUUGGUGGACAAUCUGGUGUCAUUCCCUGUCCCUGUCGAUGACAUGAUCAAGGGUUGCGUUGUAACAAAACAGACCUUUGACUGCCGUCUCGGACCAGACAUCAAGUCAAUUGCUCAAGGAUUGUUCUCUGCAUUGCGGGCAAUGGAUGAACGGGACGUUGAUGUCAUCUAUGUGGAGGGUGUACCUGAUCAGCAAGGUGACCUGGCUGCGGCUGUGAUGAACCGGCUCCGGAAAGCCGCAGGGGCAGAGCUUCGGGUCUGAGUUAGGACGAUGAUCUUUUUCUUUCGACAUUUACAUUAUUAAUUUUGACAUCUAUCCUUGGGCGGUUAUUUUGAAGAUGGCUAGACGGUUUAUACUCUAGAUACGAAUUGCUAUGAACGACCUUGCAGGUCUUAUACCAAAUCAUCGACAUGCAUGAGUCCAUAAAAUCCAUAGCGAAU